AUGGCCAGGGGUGCGUGGAAGGGCAUCUUGAAGGAUGACGUCGACCUCUCCGGUUGCACCAUCAAGGACGGUCAGCAGGUGACGCUCAUGGGCACCGCGGAAGUUUUGGCGGCACCGACGGAGAAGGUCCAGUUCAUGGAGGACAUGAAGACCGAGGACCUGGCUCAGAGCGGUGCCGUGCUCCCCGCGGGCUUGGUGAACUUGGGCAACACGUGCUACAUGAACUCCACCCUGCAGUGCAUGCGCAAGGUGCCCGAGUUGCGGGAGGCUCUGACGAGCUUCCGCCCCACCUCAAGCAGCAGCGGCGCCGACCCCAGCGCCAACCUGGUACCGAUGUUCACGGCGGCCUUAAGAGAGACCUUCAACGCCGCGGACCGAUCCACGGAGGCCAUUCCCCCGGCGAUGUUUGUACAGGUGCUGCGGCAGCUGUUCCCCCAGUUCGCGCAGCAGGGGCCCCGUGGUGGGUUCAUGCAGCAGGACGCGGAAGAGCUUUAUAGCUCAGUGGUCAACACUCUCUCGCAGAGUCUCAAGAAGCCGACCUCUACCGCCAUCAAAGAGGGCGACAUAGUCCUGUACAAGCCUAAGGCAGAGGGCGAGAAGGAGGGAAGGGCUAAGGUGAUCAAGGUACACCCGGACUCGGAGGGGGCGCACUACACCAUCCUUACUGAGGGAAAGGAUGCCAAGGAGAAGAACACAACUGGACAGCGCAUCUCGAAGGUGCACGCCUUGACGGACCUCGGGAACGCCGACAACGUGAUGGACGCCCUGUUUGGGCUCGAGAUGGAGGAGGAGUUCACUUGCGAGGAGAGCGGGGAGUCCAAAGUGUCCACCUCCACCGCCAAGAAGCUGGUGUGUAAUAUCCAGGGAGGUGCAGGCGCCAGCACGCAGAUCAACCAUCUAGCGGACGGGAUGAAGGUGGGCCUCUCGGAUAAGGUGGAGAAGCAUUCGGACAAGCUUGGGAGAGACGCGGUGUUCACCCUCAACAGCAAGAUCAAACGCCUGCCGCGCUACCUGUGCAUCCAGGUUACGUUCCCUUCCACGCUGGACAUGUUUGAGUUCUGCUCGCCAUCUCUUCAGUCCAUCCUCAAGGUGCCCCGCGACGCCGCGGACAAGCUCAUCUUCGAACAAGAAGCCAAGGAAAAGGCCGCGAAGGAGGCAAAGAUUGCCGAGGAGAGAGCCGAGAAGGAAAAGGCCAGAAAGGGUAAGGUCUUCGCACACCUUAGCGGCGGCGGCGGCGGCAGCAGCAGCAGUAGCACGGCGAAGCCCCCCGCACCGCCUGCGUCCGAGGCGGAAAAGUCGCCAGCAUCGGGAGUCCAGGAGAGCGCCGAGCCACCAGCAGCACCAGCAGCACCAGCAGCACCAGCGGCGAAGGCGGCGGCACCCGCGGAGGGGGAGGACGAGGAGCUAAGCGACGAUCUCAAGGCCGCGUUGGCGAUGUCAUUGCAGGCGGAGAACGCGGGUGUGGAGGGGGCCGCCGGACCGGGACUCCCGGCGGACUUCAAGGGUACCUACGAGCUCUUCGCCGUGGUGACCCACAAGGGCAGGGAGGCGGACGGAGGUCACUACAUGGGGUGGGUGCGGCAAGAGGGAGACGACUGGCUGGUCUUCGACGACUCGGACGUGUCCCCCUGCAAGACGGAGGACAUCAUGAACCUCAAGGGCGGCGGCGACUGGCACAUGGCGUACCUCACCUUCUACCGCUUCAAGGAGUAGUGGCGAGUAUACAGGUAAAAGAGUGAAAGACCACAACGGGGGUUGGCCAGGAAAAAUCUCGCGGGAACAGGCCGCAUGCCGUGGUAUGUAUGUUUUGUUCAUCAUUUGGUCAACUCUGGCUCUUGACCUCCUCCUGCUGGAGAAUAGGCCUCCUCCUCCGAGCAGCAAUAGGCAAGGGAGAGAGGUACCGGCUGGAGACAGAGAUAAACGCAGGGGUUGAGAUCCGCGUGCACCUUGAAGCGAGAAGAGAGAGGGGGGAGGAGGGCAGUCCAGGUAGACGGAAGUUUUUCCGUUUUCCGUACUUGUUCGUUCAUCGUGCUUGACACAAAAGUGAGAGUGGGGAGUGUUACAGCAGUGUGGUACGAUGGAAGCACGUGCCAGACCACUGGGUCGCAUUGAGGGACAGGGUUGCCGUGUACACCCUUGCGCAUGAUGUGCGGGGAGACUUCACCGAAUGGAAGGCCUAUGUAGCUGUUGGUGCGCGCUGCCUGUGCUCAAGAAUAUUUUGUGACUUGCGUCGAAGUUUGAGCGUGUGCAGAAACGUCCCCCUGGUAGGUGCUUCCUACCUGCUGUUGCGCUGGCGAGAUGUGUUCGGAAUUGUUCGGAAAACCUCAGGCUGAAGGAGAGGAUGCUACCCCCAUCCGUAGCAUAGUACAAUCGAAAUGACGGGGGGGGGGGUUAGGGGACUACCUGAUUCUGCGAUAAAAGACACCGCAGUGAAUGCUUCUCGGCUUCGUGAAACGUCGUGUCGAUUUGGGGUCGGAUUUGCACACCUGCUGCGUGGUUAAUUUCGUUUCCCGUAUCCAGCGAUGCCGCAUUACUAUUCAUGGCGUAACUACACCGGAGGAACACGCUUCCUUGGACAAGAAACCUGCCUACUGCCUACCCACCACAUGGCACACGGGACUCGAAAAACAACAAGCGAGGGGUUGUUGUCCCGUUGGUGCCGAGAAUUUCGUACGAGUUGC